GGCGGGCCGGGCGCGGGGCGCGGAGCGGCGCGGAGGGGAGCGGGGCGCCGGGACGGCAGCAGGACUGGUUUUGGUUGUGUUUUUUUUGAUUUUUCGGCUGAUUUUUACGCGUUUGUGUCUUUUAUUUUUAUUCUUCUAGAUUUUUUCAUUUUUUUAAUUUUUUUUUUUCUUUUUUUUUUUUUCUUUCUUGCUCUUCGAGCGCCCGCGGAGGGCUGCGCGGUCCCCGCCGCUCCAGCCCGGGCACAUCCUCACCCUCGGGGCGGUUCUGCCCCUCGCUCCCUUUCCCCCCCCCUCCCUCCCCCCCCCCCCCCCCAACCCCAACCCCAACCCCAUCCCCAUCCCUCCCGCGGCCACCAAUGCUCAACAUGACCGAGGAGCACGACAAAACGCUGGAGGCUCCCUGCAGCCCCGCGGGUACCACCAGCUCCAUGUCCCACGUGGACUCGGACUCCGACUCGCCUCUCUCCCCCGCCGGUUCCGAGGGUCUGGGUUGCCCCCCCGCUCCCGCCCCGCGCCCUCCCGGUACCGCUCCGUUGGGAGCGAAGGUAGACGCGGCCGAGGUGGACGAACGUUUCCCCGCCUGCAUCCGCGAUGCCGUCUCGCAGGUGCUGAAGGGUUACGACUGGAGCCUGGUGCCCAUGCCCGUCCGCGGCAACGGAUCGCUCAAGGCCAAACCUCACGUCAAGCGGCCCAUGAACGCCUUCAUGGUGUGGGCGCAGGCCGCCCGCAGGAAACUGGCCGACCAGUACCCGCAUCUGCACAACGCCGAGCUCAGCAAGACCCUGGGCAAGCUUUGGCGUUUGUUAAGCGAAAAUGAGAAACGUCCCUUUGUGGAAGAAGCUGAGCGGCUCAGGGUCCAGCACAAAAAGGAUCACCCGGAUUAUAAAUACCAGCCACGGAGGAGGAAAAGUGUAAAAGCCGGGCAGAGCGACUCCGACUCUGGAGCUGAGCUCAGCCACCACGCCGGCACGCAGAUCUACAAAGCGGACAGCGGGCUGGGAGGCAUGGCAGAUUCCCACCAUCAUGGUGAUCACACAGGCCAGACCCACGGGCCACCCACCCCACCCACCACCCCCAAAACCGACCUCCACCACGGCAGCAAGCAGGAGCUGAAGCACGAGGGCCGCCGCCUCGUGGAGAGCGGCCGCCAGAACAUCGACUUCAGCAACGUGGACAUCUCGGAGCUGAGCAGCGAGGUCAUCAACAACAUGGAGACCUUCGACGUGCACGAGUUCGACCAGUACCUGCCACUCAACGGCCACGCCGCCAUGCCGGCCGACCACGGCCCCAACGCCGCCGCCGGCUCCUACGGCGCGUCCUACUCCCACUCGGCCACGGGCACCGGCGGGACCAACCAGGUCUGGACUCACAAAAGCCCGGCCUCGGCGUCGCCGUCCUCCGCCGACUCGGGCCAGCAAAGGCCGCACAUCAAAACGGAGCAGCUGAGCCCCAGCCACUACAGCGACCAGUCCCACGGCUCCCCCGCGCACUCCGACUACGGCUCCUACAGCGCCCAGGCUUGUGCCACCACCGCCUCCACCGCCACGGCCGCCGCCUCCUUCUCCAGCUCCCAGUGCGACUACACGGACCUCCAGAGCUCCAACUACUACAACCCUUACCCCGGCUACCCCUCCAGCAUUUACCAGUAUCCCUAUUUCCACUCCUCCCGCCGUCCCUACGCGACGCCCAUCCUCAACGGCUUGUCCAUCCCGCCGGCCCACAGCCCCACCGCUAACUGGGACCAGCCGGUCUAUACGACCCUGACGAGGCCUUAAAGGAUGCGCGGAGCCCCCGAGGGCUUCCCCGACAUAUGCACUAAUGAAGGAAUGAAGACGAAGAGCGUGGAGUGCCGCGAUAGUUUCCGAAGUGCCUCCUGAGCCACUGGGAACUCUGCUCGUUGCGACUGGAUGUCCCCUUGCUUCAAAACUCUCCAAAAGGACAGAGCUCUAUUUUUCUUUAAUUAAUCCAACCUAAAAAAAUAAAAAAAAUAAUGAAAAAAAGAAAAAAAAAAAAAAAAAGGACCAGCGAUUCCUUUUGAAUAAAUGAAGGACAAAACCAUUCGACUCCUCUGUGAGGACUGAACUGAACUUACUCGUCGUGGAAGUUGACAAGUGCAAAAGUGGAGCAGGGGGGGUGGGGGGGGAGGAGGGAGAAAAAAAAGCUGUUCGAGACUUUAAGGGUCUAUUGCAAUGUGAGGAACGGACCAACCUUGAGGGCAAGAACUCACUCGGACCAACGCGGAUGAAACCUGAAAACCCGGCUAUUCCGUGUAACAAUCUCGUGGGAACAAACGAGUCUGGUGGGACCAACCAAUUAAAUGUCUGAAGUGUUUGUUUUUUUAGUCAAGAGUUCUUCUAAGCAAGGUUUGGCUGUAAUUAACAUUUUGUUUUGGUUUUUUGGAAGCUUAAAGUGUUUUUGUUUUUUGUUUCUUUUUUUUUUUUUAAAGCUGUUAAAUAUGUAUUUAUGUUCUGUAUUAUUUUGUCUUUUAAUUAAUGAAGUAAUUUUGUGCAAAAAGUAGAAUUUUAAAAGAUUUUAAAGAUGGGGUGGGGAGGGAGCAUAAAAAUAGUGGAGAUGAUACAAUAAAAUGGUGUUAUGAGUCUAUAGAUUUUCGUUGGUUUUUGGGUUUUUUUCGUUUUGAACCGCUGCAGCAGUCGUGUUUGAGAGAGGGACUGAACGAAUCUGCCCAUCGCAGACCUGGUCACCAACAGGAAACUCAAACGGGAAUGUAAAAUACCAAGGGGGGGAGAAGUUACUAAUUAAAUUGGGAGGCUAAAACGAUUGCAAAAAGGAGCAGGCGAUUUUUCUGGCUACCUGCUUUCAGGCGUUAAAAUUGGAUUCAAGGCAUUGCAGAGUCUUUGUACACUUUCAGAACCAGGACUACUUUAGAGGAGGAUGUAAUUUAAUGAGAAAUUUUCACCUUCUGCUUUAAUUUUGGCUUCUAGGGACCAGAUAUCAUCCAUCAAGCUGUGAAACUAAAAUCUUCUCCACUAAAAAAUUUUUAGGUACUUAGUUUUAGACUAAUAUUUCAUUGAUAUAUUUCUACUUCUUCCAUUGUAUGCUGAGCAUAUAAUAACCAUCUAUUUUAUGGUAACUUGUGCCUUUAAAAACUUUGUAAAUCUAAAAACACAUUUCAGAGGUUAUCAUCUUUUUACCUUUUCUAUGUUUCCUACUCUUUUUCUAAAAAAUAUUUUUUGCAUAUUUCCUUUUGGGGACGUGGGGGUGGGGGAAAAUACAGAAAACUCAUUUUUAUGCAAUCUAUUUUUCUGUAUAAAGUUUGAAAGACUUUGGCUGUUACUUAACUGUUCUCUUCACUAGCUUCUGACUAAGCAAUGCUAACUUUUGUACAGAUCAAUUUGAUAAAAUUAAAAAUUGCUUUUUAUCAA